ACAAGGAAGUUUAUUGUCAACAAGGCCAACAAUAGUUUCCUUCUUCGGGAAUCUUUGGAAAAAGAGGUUACAUUCGAGUUUAACCGUGAAACAAAGGUUUUUACAUUCAGUUGGGGACUGACCGAAGGGUGAAGAGAUUAAAAUGCAAGGAAACAGGAGGACACAGUGAUUUUUAGAGUCCAAGGGAAUAAUUUAAUUUUCAUGCGUGGCGGAUCAGCUGAAACUCUUUGUGUAACAUCUGACUUUUUUAAUCAUUAUCUCUACAGAUUCGGUUAGACUGCAUCACAGGUUAAUUUUACGACCAACGAUGCCUCGUUUGCUGACGUUUUGUUUUCUUGCAAUGAUUUUUGGAGGCACAGGGGCAUUAUACUUUCGCCGAAUUUGUGAAGGCAAGUCGUUGACAAUUAAUUGCGGCGCAAGGGUUAUCGAUAUUCUGAGUGCAUCGUACGGACGGACUCAGCAGGGGUUGUGUGGACGUAAAGGAAACACAAACUGCCGUGCUGGAACUUCAAUGAGGGUGGCUAGGUUUGAGUGCCAACAACAGCACAGAUGUGUUCUGUACGCUAAAAACUCAGCAUUUGGAGACCCGUGUAAAGGCACCGCUAAAUAUCUGCAGGUAACAUACCAAUGUGUGCACACAACCAGACCAGAAGUCCUGCUUCGGAUUUGCGAGGGUCUUUCACGCUCAGUCCGUUGUUACCGGGGGAAGAAGAUCAACAUCAUUGAGGCCAACUAUGGUCGUUUGACCGGAGGACAAAUCUGUCCAGGACCAAUCAAGACAACAUACUGCGGAGCUGCUCGGUCGCAGGCUAAAGUGAGAACGGCAUGCCAAGGAAAACCACAAUGUGUCUUGCAGGCGAAAAACAACAUUUAUGGUGACCCCUGUCGUGGUACAAAGAAGUAUCUGGAGGUAGGAAUUAUUCAGUUCAAAUUAUUUCUUUUAGAUUGUAUAUUUCUUCUUCUCAGUAUAUCCCUUCAUAUGUUAUAGUUUUUUUUCGUUGGCAUUCUUUUUUUUAACUUAUUUGUGAGAAUUUGUCCUUUUUCAUGUUCCAUUCCCCUUCUCCGCUGUCGAAAGCCCCCACCCAAACAUCCUCCUCUUCAUUUCAAACUUUAUAAGAUGAAGAACUUGGAAGCAGAAACUCCGAGAUACCAUAGUACGUCAUGUUGGUUGGAAUAAUAUAUCACUAAGAUGCCUCGUGCUUUUUAACAGGAUUUGGUUUCUUUGCAGAGAUUUAAAAGCACCGAGGAAAUUCAAGUAAGACUAAUCUCCCACUUUAUUCCUUUUGGCUACAGGUCAGAUACAGUUGUUACUGACACAACAUGGUCUAACGCGCGUCAACUGACAGGAAGUAUAGUUAAAAAUAAAAGAUCAAAUGUACCUUGUAGUUUUCCAGGAAUACAAUCAAUAAACUACUCGUUGACGCUGGCUAUUGCCCCUGUUACUCAAUUAUUUUAAUUCUCUACCCUAAGUGUGACAUGUUUGUUUCCAGGGAGGGGGACUCUCAUGUAAAAAGGAGGGAGGUGCUCGUCGGAAAUUUUAAAAAGAACCCCUAAGAGUUACAACACAUUUUCUCCUGUCAUAUACGUCAUAAUUUUUUUUCAGCUCAUUAUGCCCUAAAAGGUACCUUAAAAAAUCCCGCUGUGAGCCUUUUGAGGCUGAGCACCCUAAGAGGUAUUCAAAUGCUUUUUACUCCCUAAAGGGGACGACGAACACCCGGUCCUUUUCACAUGAGAGUCCCCAUAGGAGCUUUUUCGUCGAAUUCUGUCCUACAUCAAGACAAGCUCGGCAAGUUACC